GGAAGUCCAGUUGUUCUCAAGGAAUAAACUUAUCCUCUGAUGUCAAUAUGAUGUCCCAGCAUGCAGCCAUGAGUAGCCUGUUCGGCGACGACCCUUUCUUCAGUGAGGAGCGACUGCUGUGGCCGCUGCGACAUGAGGCCCGUUCCUCACUGCAGCAAGACAUCUUCAACCAGAGAGUCAAACUAGCUGACAGCCUUCUGAGGGAUUUUUACGAUGGGUCCCACCUGCUCAAGUUUAACCAGUUGCCCCUAAUCUCCUCUACUUUGGCAAGAUUGAGCGAUGGUAAAGAGCAGCAGAGAGAGACUCCCAGCACAGAGCUGCGCAAGGAAACUCAGCAGGCUACAGAUAACAAUGGAGACCUCCUGGUGACUCUCGACGCUCGCGGUUACGCCCCCAACGACAUCACUGUUAAACUGGAGGGUCGGAGGCUGGCGGUGGUGGCCAUGAAGCAGGCCGGAGCCGAAGAGAGCGAGUCCUUCUCUUCCUCCGCUUCCUCUGCCGCUUUCUGCUCCUCCGCUUCGUCCAAGACAGGAUUUGUCCAGAAGAUCGACCUUCCUGCUCACCUGGAUCUGACUGGCCUCUCCUGCUCCCUGAUGGAGGAUGGACAGCUGCGUAUCCACGCCCCGGUGGCCAAGCUGCCAAUCAGUGAGGAGCAGGAGGUGCCCAUCCGGUUCAGGACAUCUCUGGAAUUUCCCAUUAGCAAGGAGGAGGAACACACAGACUAAAGCCUACAUGACAAACACUCCACACAUGCUGUAUGAAUGAAAACACAUUUUUAAAUAAAAAGACAGUUUUUUAUGCCAACGCACAUUCACACUUCACCAAAGGACUGUCUAUAAUGAGUAAAGUUUACCAUUACAUUAGGGCUGUAAUGAAUAGUUUGACACUCAUAAUAUUUAUUAUAUUUAUUGUGUUUAAACCCAGUGUUUCCGCACACUUAAUACACUUCAUGCUCAGGUCAGGGUAUGACAACAGACAUUUAAAUGUAAAUAAAUUCAUUAAUUCAGUACAGCCCACCACUACAAAAUGAACAGAAUAUUUGUUGUAUUAUUAUUUGCAAUUUGUAUGAACUUUUGAAAUAAAAU